AAAGUAUCUAAAUUGUUUAAAAAUAAAAAAUAAAACAAAUAUAAUUUACAAAAACUAAAAUUAUUUUGAAUAGUCCUAUUUUGAAUAAAAUUAAGCUACAACAUGGCCAAUAAGACAAGAACAACAUUGAUUAGAAAUUGCUUUUGUUGUUUGUUUUUUACUUAGAAAUUGUUUACAUUGAUUUUUAAUUUUUUUAAAUUGUUGUAGAGAUGAGUGCUUCUAGUCCUAGUCAAGCUAAAGAACAAGAUGAUGAUACCAAACCUUUAUGGACCUAUGUUACAAAGAUAAAAAGUGUAGGUGGUGGUGGAAAUUAUGAGAUAAAAUGCAAUAUUUGUGAUUUUACCUUUAAUGGAUCUUACACUAGAGUGAGGGCACACUUGUUGAAGAUGACUGGAAAGGGAGUUAGAGUUUGUCAAAAGGUAACAAUUGACAGACUUAUAGAUUUAAAGAAGUUAAACAAUGAGGCAACAUUAAGGGUGGAGAAGUCAAAAACAAAAUCUGUAUCAUUGCCUCCGGUUUCUACUCAACACCAAAUGGAUACAAACACUCUUGGUGUUGAUCCAAAAAAGAGAAAGACAUCAACUGUAGAAAACGCCUUUAAUUUGCAAGCUAGAGAGACACUUGAUCAUGAAAUUGCUAGGAUGUUUUACUCUUCGGGGCUGCCUUUUCAUUUAGCAAGAAAUCCUCAUUAUAGGAAGGCGUUUGCCUAUGCCGCCAACAAUCAGAUCAGUGGUUACCAACCUCCAGGUUAUAAUAAAUUAAGGACAACAUUACUUCAAAAUGAGAGGAGACAUGUGGAGAACUUGUUACAACCAAUUAAAAAUGCAUGGAGCCAGAAGGGUGUGAGCAUUGUUAGUGAUGGAUGGAGUGACCCGCAAAGAAGAUUUCUUAUUAAUUUCAUGGCUGUCACAGAGAGUGAACCUAUGUUUUUAAAGGCCAUCGAUUGUUCAAAUGAGAUCAAAGUCAAUGAUUUCAUUGCCAAACUUACGAGGGAGGUAAUUAUGGAGGUUGGUCACUCAAAUGUUGUGCAAAUAGUGACGGAUAAUGCAGUCGUUUAUAAAGCAGCAGGUUUAAUAAUUGAGGCUGAGUUUCCUUCCAUCUAUUGGACUCCAUGUGUUGUCCACACAUUAAAUCUUGCUUUGAAGAACAUAUGUGCAGCCAAGAAUACAGAAAAAAAAACAAUGUUAUUUAUGAAGAAUGUUCUUGGAUCACCCAAAUUGCGGAUGAUGCAAUGUUUGUGAAAAAUUUUGUCACGAGUCACUCUAUGAGACUAUCAAUUUUCAAUUCAUUGAAAUUACUAUCCAUUGCUCCAACAAGAUUUGCCUCCACUAUUGUAAUGCUCAAGAGAUUCAAGCAAUUGAAGAAAGGACUCCAAGAGAUGGUCAUUAGUGACCAAUGGUCUUCUUAUAAGGAAGAUGAUGUUGCAAAGGCUAAAUUUGUAAAAGAUACUUUGUUGGAUGAUAAAUGGUGGGAUAAGGUUGAUUAUAUUCUUUCUUUCACUAGCCCUAUUUAUGAUGUUCUUAGAAGAACUGAUACAGAAGCUUCAUCUCUCCAUCUAGUAUAUGAAAUGUGGGAUUCAAUGAUUGAAAAGGUAAAGAAUGCCAUAUAUCAAUAUGAGAGAAAGUAGGAGAGUGAAGGAUCAACCUUUUAUGAGGUAGUGCACUCCAUAUUAAUUGACCGUUGGACUAAGAGUAGCACUCCUCUCCAUUGUUUAGCUCAUUCCUUAAAUCCAAGAUAUUAUAGUCAUGAAUGGCUAAGUGAAGAUUCUAAUCGAGUUCCUCCACAUCAAGACUUGGAACUCACUCGUGAAAGAUUAAAAUGCUUCAAGAGGUUCUUUCUUGAUAUGGAUGUAAGGAGGAAAGUGAAUAUUGAGUUUGCCAACUUCUCGGAUGGAAGAGAAGGUUUUGAUGAUCUUGAUUCUUUAAAUGAUAGAGGUCAAAUGGAUCCAAAAGCUUGGUGGCUAGUUCAUGGCAUUAAUGCUCCAAUACUUCAAAAGGUUGCCCUUAAGCUACUUGCGCAACCUUGUUCAUCUUCAUGUUGUGAAAGGAAUUGGAGUACAUAUUCAUUCAUCCAUUCUUUAAAGAGAAACAAGAUGGCACCACAUAGAGCUGAAGAUUUAGUAUUUGUUCAUAGCAACUUACGACUUCUCUCAAGGAAUACUCCACAAUAUCAUCAAGAGGAAACUAAAAUGUGGGAUGUAGCCAGAGAUGAUUUUGGAUCACUUAAUGAUUGUGGUAUUCUUGAAAUUGCUAGUUUGUCUUUAGAUGAACCAGAGUUAGAAAGUGUCUUUUUCAAUGAUGAUUGCUAGUUUGUGGAAUUCUUGAAGACUUGAAGUUGCUAAUUCAUCAUCUUGCUUUAUAAUUUUUUUUUGUAAAGAAACAAAGCGUACAAAUUGUAUAAUGAGGUCUUUUAGUAUUUUUUUGUGACUCAUUAUCAUAGGAAAAGUUCUUUUUAGAUGAUGAUGAAUAUAUAAAUCUUGAUUUUUAAUUUAGAUCUUUUAUGCAUAUCACUCAUAUUUAAUUUUAUGUAAUUUUAUUUUAUUUAAUUUUAUAUAUAUAUAUAUAGCCGUGUCCGUGUCCUACAUUUUGGACAUUACAGGUGUCCACGUG